AUAUAUAUUUAUUAUUUCAUAAUAUAUUAUAAACAUAUAAUAUAUAAAAUAAUUUAUAUAUAUAAUGUUCAUCCUGCGCAAUACGCGGGUCUUGACCAAGUACUGUACUAUAUGACCAUCCAUAAACCGCUUUGGCCGCACAUGCGUUUGUAAUAUAUGCAAUAGCAUAUGCUAUUUAAUUUAUAAAUUACGUAUACCUUGAAAUACAACUAACAUAAAGUUUUGUGAACUGCAAUUAGAUGUGAUGGGUAGAGAUCCUCAACCAACACCAGCAUGUGUAAAAAUUGAAGAAUCAUUCAACAAUUAAACCACAAAUUAGUUAAAACUAUCUAAAUCGUGUGGUGAAACAUUUAGAUAUACAGAGAAAACUUUGUUGAUCGACAUAUUUCACAACAACAAAGGUACACAUAUACAGAGAAAACAUUGAUUAUUCUAGUUUUCUGAAGCUUUUUGUUCCAAUUAUUUAUUCUUUUCCACUUUGAAAAUAACCGUUUUUGUUAAGCAAUGUAUUUGAAAAGUGUAAUCCAGUAGAUUAGAGAAUGAAAUAUUUAUUGCUAGAGAAAAAUAUUAUUCAUUUCAACUUCAUACCGUUUUUGGACCGAUGUGAUAUAUAUAUUCGCAAUUCUAACAAAUUGGACAAUGUGGUUCUCUUUUUCAUCACAUAUUCCACACAAACCAAACCAUGAACCCUAAUCAUCAUAAACCAAUCCUACUCAUAUUCUUCACUCUUCUUCUCCAACUUCCAAACCCUAUCAAUGCAUCACCAUCCCCACCCAUAACGGCUCUUUACGCCUUCGGCGACUCCACGGUUGAUUCCGGCAACAACAACUACAUCCCAACUCUUUUUCAAAGCAACCAUCCACCUUACGGCAGAUCUUUCCCGGCUAAACUCUCCACCGGAAGAUUCUCAGAUGGAAAACUCGCCACCGACUUCAUAGCCUCCUCUCUAGGUCUCAAACCCACUUUACCAGCUUACCUCAACCCGUCAGUCAAACCCGUUGACCUUUUGACCGGCGUUAGUUUUGCCUCGGCCGGAGGUGGUUUAGAUGACCGGACGGCAAUGAUGUCGUUGACUUUGACCAUGGACAAGCAAUGGAGUUACUUUGAGGAGGCAGUACGUAAGAUGAAGAGUGUGGUUGGAGAUUUGGAGGCUAAUCGGGUGAUUAAGAAUGCUUUGUUUGUGAUUAGUGCGGGGACUAAUGAUAUGAUCUAUAAUGUUUAUGAUCAUGUUCUUGGGAGGUUUAUCUCCGUUUCGGAUUAUCAAGAUUAUCUACUCAGCAAAGUCGAAGCGUUUAUCCAGAGACUACACGACGCAGGAGCACGAAGGAUUACAGUAGCUGGACUACCACCAAUAGGAUGCCUUCCAGUGCAAGUAACACUUGGUACCAUUACUAUCCCUCGCAUCUUCCAUCAUCGGAUCUGCACGGAAAAUCAAAACGCUGAUUCUCAGCUAUACAAUCAAAAGCUACAGAAGCUAAACUUCCGUCUAAGUCAAAGGCUUCCAGGCUCCAAAGUUCUUUACCUUGACAUCUACACUCCAUUAAUAGACAUGAUCAAACAUCCUCAUAGAUAUGGACUGGAAGAAACAUUGGUAGGAUGUUGUGGGACGGGGCUGCUUGAGGCAGGACCUCUAUGCAAGCCAUUGUCUCGGACUUGCGAGGAUGUUUCAAAGUACAUGUUCUUUGAUUCUGUGCAUCCAUCACAGAAGGCUUACUCUGUCAUAGCUACUUACGCCUUUAAAAAGUUGUUUCCUCUUCUCUAAUUUAUUUAUUUUUCUCAUUUGCGGGUUUACUGUUGUAAUUAAAUGGACAUCAUCAAACACCGUCUCCACAUCAUUCUUAUCCAGCUAUAUGUCUAAUUGACAAAUAUAACCUUUAUUUUGGUGAAAUAUUA